CGCAGUUCGUAGGAGUAAAGUCCCUUGGAUUUACGUGCAUGCAAUUAUAAUAUCGUCUGAAAUCCAGUAUUUGGGUGUAAAAUGGGAGGUUUUAAGUGUGAUCAUCUGCUUAAAAGGAGUGACAAAAAGCAAGUUGAUAAAGGGGAGUACGAGUUAGCUGCCAACCAAAGUCCGGACCUGAACGAGUCCGAUUCUGUCAGUGAUGAUAGCGUCGACUAUGCCCGCGGUGUGUGGAACAGGAAAAUCGAGUUUAUACUCUCGGUGGUGGGCUAUUCUGUGGGUGUGGGGAACUUGUGGAGAUUUCCAUAUUUGGUUAUGCAGAAUGGUGGAGGUGCAUUUUUGAUACCUUUCUUUUUCUUCCUAAUAUUCUGCGGAGUACCUCUCUUCUACCUUGAAUUAUGCUUAGGGCAGUUCUCUGGAAUCAGCUGUCUAUAUGUGUGGAAAUUUUGUCCUCUGUUCAAAGGUAUCGGUUACAUGAUGUUGGUGGUAUCAUUUGUAUACUGCUGGUAUUACAUCAUGGUGAUGGUCUGGGUAAUGGUAUACUUUGUUCAGUCCUUCUCUGCGGAGCUGCCGUGGGGCAAGUGUGGGCAAUGGUGGAACACGGACUCCUGCAUUACCGGGCUUGAUACCCUAAGUCAGCAAUGUGGCGCAAACUGUACAACAAACUCAACAUUUAUCAAAGUGAAUGCGUCAGAUUUGGGGAGAACGGCUAGUAAAGAAUUUUGGCACCGAUAUGUGUUACACAAAUCUACUGGUCUUGAAGACGUGGGUACAAUACAAUGGCAUUUAGCGGUGGCUCUUAUUGUGGCCUGGGUGGUUAUAUUCUUGUGUUUAAUGAAGGGGAUCAAGUCUGUGGGGAAAGUGGUGUACGUUACAGCUGUAUUACCAUAUAUUCUUCUCACAGUGUUUCUAGUGAAAGGGCUAACUCUACCAGGAGCUAUAGAUGGCAUCACAUAUUAUGUCAAACCUGAUUUCUCUAUCCUCAAAGAUGGUCAGGUGUGGCUUCAAGCGGCAGUGCAGGUGUUUUACUCACUGGGACCUGCCUGGGGAGGUUUGAUCACAAUGGCUAGCUACAACAAGUUCAAUAAUAACUGUUUAAGGGAUGCAUUGAUAUGUGCUGCAGCAGAUGGGUUUACAAGUUUCUACGGUGGUUUUGUUAUCUUCUCUGUGAUUGGUUAUAUUGCAAAGGAGGCAAAUAUGGACAUAAAAGAUGUAGCUACCUCGGGUCCUGGCCUAGCUCUAGUCAUAUACCCUGAAGCAAUAACAAAGUUACCUAUACCUCAACUCUGGUCAGCUCUCUUCUUUCUAAUGCUAAUAUCACUGGGUAUUGAUAGUCAGUUUGGUGUGUUUGAAACGCUGUCAAGUGGAUUUCUGGAUACAUUCCCGAAGUUAAGAAACCGUAAAGUAUUAGUUACAGGCUGUUUCUGCGUCAUUUUGUUACUGUUGGAUUUACCAUACACUACAAAUUGUGGUAUAUAUCUAUAUCAAUUGGUAGACUGGUAUUUUGCAGCAUUCUGUGUGCUUAUUAUAUCUUUCCUGGAGUGUUUCCUCAUUGCCUGGGUAUAUGGUGCAGGAAGAUUUUGUAAAGAUAUCCAGCUGAUGAUAGGAAGAUCUCCGCCACUGUUCAUAAGAAUCUGUUGGUGUUUUGUCACUCCAGUUAUUUUACUU